UAAGCGGAAGCAGAAGCGGGUACUUAUUAUCCGCUUGAUCGAAACCCAACUCUCUCCGAGAAGGACAUCUCAAAGUACACGGAGAUAGAUGGCGAGAGCGAGACCUUCGACUCGAAGCAAGCGAAAUUAGGGUUUUGGAGAGUGGUCAACGAUUGCUGGAUAUAUUCAUAUAUUGGCUGGUACUGGUGUAUUGGAGAAUUUUUUUACUCCAGAGACAUGAGCAAGCAACCACUGAUAUAUAGUUUUGUUGCGAAAGGCACUGUUGUGCUUGCUGAGCACACUUCCUUUUCUGGGAAUUUUAAUACUAUUGCGAUCCAGUGCUUACAGAAGCUGACACCAAAUAGCAACAAGUACACUUAUUCAUGCGAUGGGCAUAUGUUCAACUUCCUUGUUGAUAAAGGGUUUGUUUUCCUUGUUGUGACUGAUGAAUCAAUUGGGAGGAGUGUACCAUUUGUUUUUCUAGAGCGAGUUAAGGAUGAUUUCAUGCAGCGUUAUGGAUCGGACAUUAAUGAUGGAGGCUUCCACACGCUCGCUGAUGAUGAGGAUGAUGAUCUGUUGGAAGAUAGGUUCAGUGUUGCUUACAGUCUUGAUCGGGAGUUUGGUCCAAGGCUGAAGGAGCAUAUGCAGUAUUGUGUAAAUCAUCCAGAAGAAAUGGCCAAGCUAUCCAAGCUGAAAUCUCAGAUAACAGAGGUUAAAGGAAUAAUGAUGGACAAUAUUGAGAAGGUUCUUGAUCGGGAGAGAAGAUUGACUUUUGGUGGCAAGACGAAAGUUGCAAUAGCUUUCAGAGACACGGCAGGCAACUCCGACGAAGAUGUGGCUCCAGAAUCUCCGAUUCAAGCUGAUGGUAGCUCCCUGUGCAUAUUGCUGGUGUUGGUUUCCGUUGAUAUGUUAAUAACCACACUUAGCUUGAAGUUAGUAUUUUCUUCAGCCAUAAAGCUUGGUUUUGCUGCUGCACUUACUGCAAUAAACUCUGCCUCUGCAGUGGACUAUGCUACAAUCUCUUUGUUUCUUUGA